CGACAGUGACGGGGGAUUAUUUGUGCGUGAGAUAAUGCGUGCGGAAGCCGGAUUUAGUUGCUAUCUUGUCGAUAAAUGUUCUCGAUCGCCUCUUUCGUGCUUUCGUUGCGAUCGAGCACAGUGGAAUCGCGAGGUUAGCCGCGUUCGCGGAAUACCGGAGGCUAAAUGAGGUGCAGUAAAGGGAGAAAACGAAAGCGGAGGAUGCCUAGCCAGUGGAUCUUCAAAGUGUCCAGCAACGGCCGCGAAUGAACUUUCCGUCUUCACUGUUCGGACACAAAGACAAGACUGAGUAAUUGGAUCGGAUUUGUCAGAAAGAUGGAUAAUAUCUUUGGAAAGGAAGAUUCUGGAGAUGAAAAAGAUAGUGAGCAUAAAGAUGUGGAAGAGCAUGAAGAUAAUAAAACUAGUCUUACACAUAAUUCAGGGUCCAAAGAUAUUGAAGCUAUGGAGAUUGAUAAUAUUGUAUCAUUUGUUAAGGUAGAAUUGGAUGCAAUGAGUUCUCAAUCGCAAUCAGAUGCUGAGGAGAUUGAAAACACUGGAUCUAAUUCUACCUGCCCAGUUGCAGAGAAUAAAGUUGUAGAGACUGUGAAACAAGAACUUGAUAUGAAGGUAGAGGAACAAACUGCUGAAGAUAUAUUUAGUAAUGACAUUAUGAUACCUCGUGCCAAUCCAGUCAGUACAAAAGAAAGGCGGGAAAGUAAAGAGAAGAGCAAAAAGGAGAUAGAAGAAGAGGAGAGAGAAAAAAUGCAGGUGCUAGUAUCUAACUUCACUGAAGAUCAGCUAGAUAGAUACGAAAUGUACAGACGAUCCGCAUUUCCAAAAGCAGCAAUAAAGAGGAUUAUGCAAACCAUAACAGGUUGUUCAGUAUCUCAAAACGUUGUUAUAGCUAUGUCAGGAAUUGCUAAGGUAUUUGUUGGCGAAAUUGUUGAAGAAGCUUUAGAUGUUAUGGAGGCGCAAAAUGAAACUGGCCCAUUACAACCAAAGCACUUGAGAGAGGCUGUCCGCAGAUUGAGGUUACAGGGUCAAAUACCGAAUGGUCGGGCACACAAAGCUUUCUUCAGAUUAUAAUUAGUCCGAUAUUUGCAACAUAUUAAUUUAAUGUUUCUUUCGCAGAAAUGUACCGACAUUAGAGUAAUCUAAAUAUAAAUUAUAUAGUUUGCCCAGAUUAAAGUUGGGUUUU